GCUGGACUAUGGGACCAUUUGGCCCAACCCUUUAAUUCUAUGAAAUGCCUAUAGGGAAUGCAGAGAUGUACCCCCUUUCUCUUCCAAAGUUUAGGGGAUAUGUGCUUAUUGUACAUGAAGCUUAGCAGUGUGGGCUAAAGCAUUGCUUGGGGAGGCAAGUCAUAUAAUCUCCUCUUUCAUAAAUUUAAAUCGGGACAAGUAUUGGGAUUUAGUGGGCUAGAUCUCUAAAUGAUCCAUUGGGUUUCUUCCUGUUCUGUGAUUCCAUACUCUUCUUUUCCCCCUCUCUUCCCACAUGACAGAGGCAACGUGUGUGUGUGUGUGCAUGCAGGAUCAGUGUAUGUUUGUACAGGCUUUGUGAUUGUCUAGAGCAGGACACUAUUCACCAGUCAUGAUAGGCUAGCAGUAAUCCUUACAGUUCAACAAAAUAGAUGGGAUUUGACAAACUGUAGCUGUCGCUAAGUAUAGCACCAUGGUUGGCCUAGAAUAGAUGACUGCCUUUGAGCCCUGGAAAGCAAUGACGUUGGUAGGAUAGGCAGUAUUGUCACAGAAUGCAAGAUCUGGUAGCUGAAUUACGGAGAAACUCUGAGUCACAUGAAGAUGAAUGGUGGUAUGAUGAACAAAGCUGCUUGCCAUUAUUAAUGAUUUGAAUACUCCUUUUCCAAAACAAAAUAUAAAAAGGGGAAAAUGUCUUCAUUGAAGGGUAAAGUCCAGACUGUGUUAGGCCUCAUCGAACCUACCCAGCUUGGCUACACUAUGACCCAUGAACACUUGACAAUGAGCUUCAAUUGCUCUUACUGCCCACCUCCUUCAGGCCAUGAAGCACUAUCUGAAAAACCCAUUGAGAUGAAGAACUUGUUUUGGCUUAAGCAAAAUCCCUAUAGCCACAAAGAGAAUCUUCUUCUGUUUCAAGAGAUAAAUGCUGUGAGGGAAGAGCUCUUGCAUUACAAGGCUCUAGGUGGUGGGACCAUAGUGGAAAAUACAACCACCGGAAUCAAACGAGAUGUGAAGACCCUAAAGCAACUUGCAGAAGAGACUGGUGUCCAUAUUAUUGCUGGAGCUGGUUUUUAUGUGGAUGCCACUCAUUCUCCUGAGACACGAGCUAUGACUGUAGAGAAGCUGACAGAGAUUAUGGUAAAUGAAGUUCUCAACGGAGCUGAUGGCACCAACAUCAAGUGUGGCGUAAUAGGAGAAAUUGGCUGCUCUUGGCCUCUGACAGAGAGUGAAAACAAAGUACUUCAGGCAACGGCACAUGCCCAGUCCCAGCUUGGCUGCCCUGUCAUAAUCCAUCCUGGCAGAAAUAGUGAUUCACCUUUCCAGAUCAUUCGAAUUUUGCAGGAAGCUGGGGCUGAUAUCUCGAAAACCGUCAUGUCUCACCUUGACAGGACUAUAUUUGAUGAGAAGAAGCUGCUGGAGUUUGCUCAACUAGGAUGCUACUUAGAAUAUGACCUUUUUGGAACAGAAUUCAUUUCCUACCAAAUGAGUCCUGAUAUUGACAUGCCAAGUGACAAUGAAAGAAUUUUAAGGGUUCGGAUGUUGAUUGAUGAAGGCUAUGAAGACAAAGUUUUAAUUGCUCAUGACAUACACACAAAGAAUAGAUUAAAGAAAUAUGGGGGUCAUGGAUAUUCUCAUAUACUUGAAAACAUAGUCCCAAAAAUGAUUGUUAGAGGCAUAUCUCAAAAUAAAAUUGAUAAGGUAUUGGUUGCAAAUCCGAAACAGUGGCUGACUUUUAAGUAACAAAAUGUAAGUCUUUCUGUUAUCAGAUAUACUUAAGAGAAAAUGUAAAUUUGCAACUUAAAUUUUUUUAAACUGAAUAAAGAAUCAUUUUUUUAAAAUGGCAUUGUAAGGAAUGGAUUGGGAAAUAUCCAUGUGA